UGAUUGGAUGACACGGCUGUCCGUCCGCCGUUUCCGGCCUACGAUUGGCUGAGAGUGUCAGAGGGCGGGGAGUGUGUGUGCGGUCAGCGAAGAGCGCAGGGCGGAUCAGCGUGAGGCCGCGACACCGAAACACGCGCGGAAAACUCUCAGAAAUCAACGGAAACGUAAGAGUCAUGGCGGAUCUGAGCUUGACUGAUGCUCUGACCGACAGCGUUCCUCAGCCUGACAUGGAGAACAUGGUGGAGAUGGAUUUCGUGGCCACGCUGGAGGCCGAGACCUUUGACGACCGGGUCGGAGAGACGGUUGACAAGACGAACUUCGUCCCACUGCUGGACAAUGACGGGAAGGAUCCGAGUACAGUAGUCGAGACAGGACAGCAGGAAGUCCAAGGGGCUCAAAACCCUGGCGCCGUGAAUCCGCUGAUGUCACAGAAAGAGACGCCUCUUCAGACUGAGCAGCAGACGUUUGGGACAGACUUACUCUCAGACUCAGUGUCUGGUUUUCCUGAUCAGUGGCACUCACAGUCCAGCCCUCCGCUGAUGAUGGACAGCAGCCCGAUGGCAGCGUUCACAGGUUUGUCUCAGCCCAGCGUAAUGUCGGCGGUGAUCACAGGUGCUGCUCCUUUCCAGACAGAAAGACCGUCUGGUUUGGCCGAAGUGCAGGAGCCGCCAGCUUCUCAGGCCACCGAAGCUCCCAAAAUACCAUCUGAACCCCUGGCAGCCACGACACCCAAGAGCCCACGGGACACAUCUGCAGGUGUCUUUGGUGACCGCUGGUCCGAUGAGGCCGGCAUUCCAUCUGACCUGCCCUUCACGGCCAGCGUUUCCACUGUUAUCAGUCGCCAUGCCGGUCCUCUAGUAGAGAGCAGCCCACAUGUCACGGCCAACCCUCAGUGGUCCCCGAGAGAUAGCGGGGCAGGAGAUGUAGAGGAACGGGAAGGUGAGGGAUCUGACCGUAAGAAGGAAAAGAAGAAGAAAAAGCGGAGACCCAGGGACGAGGUGUACGACUUCCCCACGGAUGUGCAAAGCGAAAGUGCUUCAUCCGACAGCCCCCAUCAGCCAUCCCCACGCAAGGACCGAGACGGAGGCUGGGAAGACGGAGGCCACUUUGGUGGCAGAGUCAAGAAGCCAAAAAGCCGUAAGAAGAUUCCUGAGGAAUGGGCGAUCCAUGCAGAGCCCUUUGUCCCUGCUUCGGCUUGCAUGCCACAGGAGUUCGCAACUGACUCACCCCUUGAAGUUGACAGCGGACUUGUGUCGCUUUCUGAGGACUUCACCGAUGAGAGUUUCAUUCCUAUGUCUCUUACCCAAGAUCUUCUAUCCCUCACGGCCACUUCACCACCAUCUGCAACACAUCUUGAACCUGCAAUGCCCUCUCCGAAGUCUCCCGGACGAGCCCCCGAUUUAUCCCCCCAGCACCCCUUGUCCACGUCAUCCGGAUUGCAAGAUAUCCUCAUGGAAACAGAAGAUUCUCUUGCUUGCAACCUCAGCGACACUCAGCCUUUCGACUCUCCUGGUGUGACCUUCGAGGAAGCAAUCUUUGGACAAGAUCACACCUACACCACCCAAGGUUCACCAUUAAAGGAACCCCAGGCGCCCACCCCUGGAAGCACUUGUUUUGUACCACCGAUGGAAGCACUGAUCUCGGCACCGCCGUUUUCUCCAUCUGGACCUGCGUGGUCUCUUAAUAACCACAGUCAGCCCUUUGAUCUUGAAGGUGUUGCCUUUGAGACCCCGGUUCCCGCACCUCUGCCUUCGCCCAAGAGCAAAGCCCAGAAGGAACCUAAAUCCAAACAAGGCAAGAAGCCCGGCUCAUCCUCAUCAAAGAGUCCAACCUCCCCUGAAGCAAAGUUGCAGUCUCCCCAGAAUUCCGGUCUAAAUCCGUCCGCUCCGCCGUUCUUCCCUAGUUUUGCAGAACCUCGGGAGCUCAAAGCAGAAGCGCUCUUCACUUUGGAAGAAGACUCUAAGAAAAACAAGCCGGAGGUGAUCAAAAUGGACAGCAUCCAGAAGUUCGAUGACUUUAAUGUUGUCAGCAAGACGGACAAAGAUCAGAAGAUGGAAACGGUGGAGGAGAAAGACAAAACUGUCCACACAGACAAACAGACAACCAAAGGAGAAAACACAGAAGCUGUGGACAAAAUCAAAGACGUGGAUGUGGCUAAAUCAGAGAAGGUGGACAAGGAUGAAAUAACACACAAAGUGGAAACGCCGGUGAAAGUUGAGAAGGUUGAACCUUUGGAGAAAAAUACUAAAGAUGAGAUUGAAAAGGCUGAUCAGGUUGAGAAGAUCACCGACAAAAACGAGACACAAGAAAAGAUUGAUUCCUCUCCAAAGAUGGAGAAAGAGAAGGUGGAGCCGGUGGAAAAGGUUGAGCUGAAGACUGAAAAAGAAGUGAAAGUAGAGAAGAACAAAGAGGAAACGAAAGUCGAGGAGAACAAAUCAGAUCUGAAAGUAGAGAAAGAUGAACCGAAGAGCAAAGAAGAACAGGUGAAGGAAGUGGAAGAGGAGAAAGCAGAACAGAAGACCGAACAAGACGAGACAGGAAAGGACAAAGUAGAACAAAAAACAGAAAAGACUGAGCCGGCUGACAAGAAACCUGCCAAAGCUGAGAAGGACGAGAAAGCCAAAAAACCAGCUGCUAAGCCCUCGGCGGCGAAGUCUGCGGUGAGCAACGGUGCACCUGGAAAAGACCUGACCAGUCCCGAGAAGAAGACCAAGCCUGUCGCCGGCACAACCAAACCUAGCUCUGCCAAGCUCCGGCCGAGCUCCGCCUCCAGCGCUACAGCCGCACCCAAGCGCUCCACCCCUACCUCAGCCGCCAGCGCACCCGCCCCCCUCAGCAAAAAAGCCCCUGUGCCCAAAGCUCCUGCCCCGGCCGCUGGCACCAAACGUUCCCGCCAACGACGUCCGUCCGAACCCCCGUCCAGUGGACACCGCGUCCAGCACAGUACCAGAGAGGUCAAGCCCAAGACGGUCACAGAGAAACGGCCGCUGGUGCCAAAGACUGCUGUCGCUCCGGCUCGACCCGCCGCAGACAAACCUGCGACCGCAGCACGCACCGCUGCCAGCGCUCCUGCAGCACGACGCCCCGUCGCAAAGACUUAGAGCAAACCACGAAAAGACAAAGAGAAAACAAGCACACUAAAAACUGUGGUUUCAGAUGCGGCGCGCUCUAAACCUGCUCCUCUCAAAGCCUCCACCACUACCAGCAGCAGCAGCAUCGCCGCUCGCCCUCGCACCACCAAAACACCCGUCUCCAGCAGCACUACAGCCGCUGCUGCGCCCGAGAAAAGCCGCGGUGCCCCGCGCGCCUCGCCCCAGCUCCAGCUCACCUCCAGCGCCAGUGCCAUGACUCGCAGCACAGCGCGGCCCAGCUCCAGCUCCACUCCGGCACCCGACACCAAAAACAUCCGCUCCAAGAUCGGCUCCACAGACAACAUCAAGCACCAGCCGGGGGGAGGAAAGGUGUCAGUGUCUCAGAGCUCGCCCUCCAAAGAGACCAGCCAGGCCAAAAUUCAGAUAGUCUCCAAAAAACUGGACUACAGUCACGUGACUUCUCGCUUGGGCUCCAAGGACAAUAUCAAACAUGUUCCUGGAGGAGGGAACGUCCAGAUUCUCAACAAGAAGGUUGACUUGAGCAAAGUGGCCUCCAAGUGUGGCUCCAAAGCCAACAUCAAACACAAACCAGGUGGAGGCGAAGUCAAGAUCGAGAGCCGUAAGGUCAACUUUAAGGAUAAAGCUCAGCCCAAGGUGGGCUCGAUGGAUAAUGUCAAUCACGAGCCUGGAGGCGGGAACGUUAAGAUUGAGUCUUUCAAGCUAAAUUUCCGCGAGAACGCCCGCUCUCGCACGGACCACGGCGCUGACAUCAUCACCUGGCCCGUCUCGGGCGACAGCCCUGUCCACCGUCACCUCCUCCGCAGCAGCGUCUCGCUCAACGACUCCCUCUCGACCGCCGGCCUCCCUCGCUCUCACACCACCCCGGCCCUCCUCUCCUCCCAGGAACAAGGGGGCGACGUCGGCUCGCUCACCGGACUCCGGACGUGAUUUCUGUCUUCUCAUUGGUCCGCUGCUCUUUAAACCCCGCCUCCUUCCAUUGCUAAGACUCACGUGAUUGGUGUGCUCUCUGUCGGUGAGGCUGUACAGACUGCAGUCAUCAGGAUGUGCAAAAAAUGCUCAUAGUUAAAGGUGGCUGGGAGCGAAACCUGUAAACUCUGAGGUUACACUUUAAACUCACGCUACUCAUAACUCACUUGUUGUAGAGCAUGGAUCUAGUAUUCAUAAUCAAACCUGCACAUGCCCAUCUGAUCACCACAUACAAACACAUCUGGAUCCAUCUGGACAUCAUCUCUCGCUGCCUUCAAGUCCUCAUGGGAAGAUUGUGCUUACGAGUUAUCUACCAUGUGAUCAUAUAUAAAAAAUCACUUUCUGACAAAAUCAAGCUUUUUUUAGUGCCAAAGCAACAAAAUAAAGCACAAAUGAUGUGCAUUAAAGGGAUAGUUCACCCAAAAAUGAAAAUUCUGUCAUUAAUUACUCACCCUCAUGUCGUUUCCAAACCCACAAGAACAC